GAGGCGGAGGAAGUGGAUGACUCGGUAGAAGCGCUGGAGGACUUGAUCCUGGAGGCGUACAACAACAUGCAGAUCGACGGAGAGUACAUCUUCCUUCCGGACGAAGUGGCGGAAAAGCUUCACCGAGCUGCCGAGCAGAUCAAGAUCCAGGACAACGGGGAGGAGGAGACAACGGAAAACAAUACAAGUGCGGGGGAAGAUAGCAGCAGUGGUGACAUUGCCGCUGCUACGAACGCAGUGGAGGAGGUGAAGUCAUCCCAGCAGACAUCAACCGAACGACCAGAACCUGAGCAGGAGCAGGACCAAGAACCGUGCAGUAAAGAGACGCUGAAGGAGAAAGAAGGCGAAGCGCUUGAGCAUCAUCAGACUCAAAUGCAUGCUGCGCAGAAUGAACAAGACAAUUUAGCUGAAGAUGAGCACGCAAGGCUGCAUAAGAUGAAGGAGUUGCAGUCGGUGGCAGCAGAGCUGCGCGAGGAGAAGCACCAGCAACGAAUCCCUCGAGCAGUGUCUUCGGAGAAUCUCUUUACGGAGUUGGAGCCUGUACCCGAGAUUGACGAAAGCGCGUCCAGUGGCCCGCCAUCACCAUCGCCGCCGCAUUCCCGCUCGCAUAGCGGAGUAAAUACGCCGAAGCGAAGCUCACGCACACCAGCACGUGGAGGACAUGGGCAUUUUCCUCCACCGCCGAUUAUUUCCUUAAGCUCCACUCCAAGUAGUGCCGCUGCUAGCCCAGACCAAAUGGGAAAAUCUCCAGCGUCACGAACAUCAGAUCAAUCAGGUGGCAGCAAACGCAAGGGCAAAGUACUCACGUACGAAAAGAGGAGGGAGGCCGCGCUCAAGCUGAAGCAGGAUAAAAAGAAACGGGAGCUGCUCAUCCGCGAGUCUGCGCGUAAACAACGCGAGGACGCCAAGCGGCAACUCGAGGAGGUGCACCAGAAGGAGAUGGAGGAGAAGCGUGAGCGUGUGCGACGAAUUCGAGAGGAGCGGCUCCACCGCCAAACUGGGAAAGGUGCGAAGGGAUCGAAGAAGGCU